UGACAUAGAUCCACCUUGCCUAGUUCUUGGCACAUGCGCAGAUGGAGGGUUGAUGGUACAGAAAAUAAUAAGCCGAGGAUAUGUCUAACGCUGUGGCAAACAGUGUGCUAUAGUCUAGUAUAGAGAAAGACAGCCAUGAUUGGAAGAAUAACAGAGCGCCUGUAUUCCAUCCGGUCUCUUUAAAAUGGAAGUGGCGUCCAUCUCUGACACCUCAAGACCACGGCGGAUUUCCCACGUAUUUUAACUAAGGCCAUCACAAACCAUUUCCCUCCAUGGCCAUGAAGAGACGCUAUAGAAAAAUACUUCUUUCGCUCCUGGUCUACGUAUUCUGUGCUACGUUCGCAUUUCAUUUCCGCAAAGAGAUUUUCUCCGACAUAAUCCCGGCCAUUUUGCACGACCUACAAAUUUCAGUAUUUGAGGACCAAGUUGGCGAGUGUGACGUCCCCCGUUUGGACCCCUAUCAUCCUAGUAUUAAACACUUACUCAGGGAAAGUGCCCCUCUGGUGUGUGACGUGCCAUGGUCACGUCCUCUGACUUACAUCAAAGAUGGAUGUCUCUAUGUUAAUACCACGGAGAUGAAGUCUUCGUGGUUUGAACGUACUGAGACUUGCAGCUUUCAGUAUAUCAAAAGAGUCGACAAUUCUGACUUCAAGGUUCACUUCGAGGAUGAAAUCAAAUUUGAUUUACAUAAAUGCCAUCGGUUAAAAAGCGACGAAAACUUUGUGAAAGUCACGUGUUAUGGCACGAAGAAAAAUGACGUCACCUACACUAACUACCAUGCUUACAUCACAGAUGAGUCAGACAGGUCCCAGAUGACUGAUAGUGACAGGUCUGUGAGGACUAAUAACAGUGGAACUCAGGAAAGUGGAAAACUCGGGUCUGAAGGGAUAAAUGAAAGUGGGUCUAAGAGGACUUAUGGAAAACGGAACUUAUAUUCAAAUUAUGGCGGCAAAACUGCUAAAACGAACGUUAUAUUAUUUGGCAUGGAUUCCAUGUCGCAUUCAAAUUUCAUUCGACAAUUUCCACGAUCUCGCCAACGUCUACUUAGCUUUCCCAAUUCAGUAACUUUUAAUGGCUACAAUAAAGUUGCGGACAACACCCUUCCAAACAUUAUAGCACUUCUCACAGGAAAAACGUACGAGGAGCUGACUUGGACCUUCGGAAAAUAUUUAGACCAGUUUUAUCAUUUUGAUAACUUUCCUUUUAUAUGGAAGAACUUUGCGGAAAAGGGAUUUCAGACAUUUUAUGCGGAAGAUUUCCCGGGAAGCACUUUUACUACUGGUAGGAUAGGUUUUAUCUCGCCCCCUACAGACUACUACAUGCAGCCAUAUUGGAUUUCUCUGUGGAACACCGAACUAUUUAAUACCAGUAGAACGUAUUGCCUGGGUGGCAAACCUCGUUAUCUUCUUCUCAUUGAGUGGCUGAAAGAUUUCCUCGCUUUUAAACAAAGGAACAAAGAACCGUUCUUCAGUUUUUCUUUCCUAAGCGAAAUCUCACACAACGAUCACAACGACGCGAGGAUGUUGGACGCCGGAAUGGAGUCAUUUUUAGAUUUUUUAUCAAACGGUGGUUACCUUAAUGACACGUUGGUCGUCCUGUUCAGCGACCACGGUAUCCGCUGGGGUAAAGUGCGGGAAACAUUCGUAGGAAAACUGGAAGACCGGUUACCUCUGAUGUCCAUCAUUUUACCGGAAUCACUAACUCAUUCCUAUCCUGAAAUUCUCCGGAAUUUGAAACACAACGCCGAGGUGCUUACGACCCCCUUUGACGUUCAUGCGUCAAUCGCUGAGGUGCUCGACCCAGACAACAUACGCACAGCCUCUGCUGACAUCUACAAGAAUGCUGUAAGCAGAGGAAUGUCCCUGUUUAAGAAAAUUCCAAAAUCCAGGACAUGCUCUCAGGCCGGUGUGGAGACGCACUGGUGCACGUGCUCGCGGAGGACCGCCGUCUCUCCCGACUCUGCAUUAGCUCCAAAUGUGUCAAAGGCGGUGAUUGGUUACAUCAAUGGUCUGCUGACAUCAAACAACCUAUCAGCGUGCAGUUUAUUGAAGCUGAGCGAAAUCCACGAACUGUUUAAGAUUGGGGUGAAUGCCAAAGUGUUACGAUUUAGAACUUCCACGUGGUACGGCAACCCAGAAUACAACGACAAGGCCACAAAAGAACCUUUUCAGGACUACAUGAUAACUCUUUCCACUCGUCCCGGCGGCGGGAAGUUUGAGGCUACAGUGCGCUAUGACGUCACCAGAAAUGCUUUUAAUGUGACGUCAGAUGUUAGCAGAUUGAAUGCCUUCGGAUCUCACGGAGAUUGUAUUAAGUUAAAUAUACUGAAGAAAUUUUGCUUUUGCAAGGAUCUUGUUAAGAAUGAAAAUAGAAGUUGAUAGUACGUUUUUGGUCACAUUUUUCCAUUGUGCUUAGAUACCCGUUGUGCAGUGGCCAGGUAUAAUUGGCCCCAUUCAG